UUUUUAUUUCAGUCAAACAAAUUGGAAGGGUAGCUGAUAUUUUAUUUUUACCAAAAAAAAGGGAAAACAUAUUCAAACGACGGGAACUGAUUCGUCAGCUCAUUCAUCAGGGAAAAUGCAAGCAGCGGCAAUGGCAGCUCAACCAGUUAUCAAAAUCGCCGGGAUCUGCGGUUCCCUCCGUAAAGGUUCCUACAAUCGUGGUCUUCUCAAUGCCGCGAUGGAGAUAUGCAAGGAUUCUAUUAAGGGAAUGGAAAUUGAGUACGUGGACAUUUCGCCGUUGCCGUUUCUGAAUACUGAUCUUGAGGUGGACGGAACUUAUCCACCUGAAGUCGAGGCUUUUCGUAAGAAAAUUGAACAAGCUGAUUGUUACCUUUUUGCUUCUCCAGAGUACAAUUACUCUGUCACUGGUCCCUUGAAAAAUGCAAUUGAUUGGGCAUCUCGACCUCCAAAUGUUUGGGCUAAUAAAGCAGCUGCAAUUGUGAGUGCUGGAGGUGGCUUUGGUGGAGGACGAUCACAAUAUCACCUCCGACAGAUAGGAGUCUACCUUGAUCUUCAUUUCAUUAACAAGCCUGAGCUUUUCGUGUAUGCAUUUGAGUCACCACCGAAGUUUGACAGCAACGGUGUGCUGACAGAUGAAGAAACCAAGCAGAGACUCAGAGCACUUCUUUUGGCUUUACAGGCAUUUGCCUUGAGACUCAACGGCAAGUGUGAUUAACUUCCACCAGUGAAUGUGGUCCAUUUCUUCAUGCAUUGUGGAUGGUGAAUUGUUCUCAUUCGACAUUUCCUUUUCAUAGGAAAAAAUUAUCUUCUUAUAAGACUUUCGAAACAUUUGGUCAAUUGAUUGGUUGUCUUAGCAAGUUUCAUUGCGAUUGGCGAUUGAUGUAAUGUCCGGAUAAGUAAAAUCUGUCUUGAGUAUAAGAUUUUUCAAGUUAUUAUCA